AUGAUUGGCAAACGGAAAAGAGACACCGCCGUCAAAUUGAAGGCUCCAGAAGAGUCCAGUCCUCCACCAGCGGACAAUGCGCAGGACGUGUUCCGCAAAUAUUUCGAAGCGCAGUUCAAGCCUCUGGAUCUACCCAGCGUCCAGACCGCCAACGAUGAAGAUUCCGAGGAUCUGAGCCAAGAGGAUGAACUGGUCUCGGAAUCCGAAUGGAGUGGCCUGGACGAUGGAGAUGACAAAGAGCCCAGAGUACAAGUGGUGGAACACAAGAAUGUCCGUGUAGACCCGGACGACAUCAUGGAUAAGAAAGCGCGCAAAGCGUUCAUGAAUGCCAAACCUCCAUCUUUAUCUUCGUCCACCUCCAAACCAGCCACAGUAACCAAAGACGCCUCCGACUCCGACGACGACAAGGCCGGAGACGCCGAGAACCUCAAACACGACCUUGCACUCCAGCGUCUCCUCCGCGAAUCCCACCUCCUCGAAUCCGCAUCCGACCUCGCUCCGACAGGGAAAAACCGACUCAAAGCGCUGGACCUGCGCAUGCAAGCUAUCGGCGCCAAGACAUCGCUUUAUAAACAGGAGAAAAUGCCUUCAUCGCAUCGGCGAGGCAUUAAAGCCAAGGCAGCAACCAAGGAAGAAAAACGAAGGCGCGAGGCAAAGGAGAAUGGUAUCAUUCUGGAGAAACCAGCGCCUAAAGUGUCCAAGAGCUCUUCGGGGCGCAGGGAGCGUGGCGUUGGUGGCCCGACUAUUGGAAAAUUCGCGGGUGGGACACUGAACCUUGGAAAACGAGAUUUGGCGGCUAUGCAAGGUCCGAAAAGACGAACUGCGAAAGGGGGCAGAGGGGGGAGAGGGGGUAAAAGUCGUCGGGGUGGUUCCAGGACUGCCUAG